AUGUCGGAGGUCCAGGGCACUGUGGAGUUUUCUGUGGAGCUACACAAAUUUCAUAAUGUGGAUCUCUUCCAAAGAGGGUAUUAUCUGGUACAUGCGAGUCUGAAAGUCCCAUCUAGGAUACCACACCGAUUGUUGACAACUGUUGUGGAGCAAACAGGUGACCCAAUCCUUUCUUCAGCCUGCAUCCAUGAGAACAGUGUCUACAGUAGGGUAUUCCAGAUCUUGUACAGGAACGAAGAGAUCGUCAUUAACGAAUCCAUGAACUUCAGAGUCCACCUUCUCUUGGACGGCGAAAGGGUGGAAGAAGCUUUAAGUGAAGCAGAUUUUCAACUCAAGCUGGACCUCCUCUUUACAGACAGCGAACAACAGCUGAGAGACGUUGCGACAGUCCCGGUGAUAAGCAGUCGCACGUUGGGGCUUCACUUCCACCCAAGGCAAGGCUUACACCACCACGUCCCGGUCAUGUUUGACUACUUCCACCUAUCUGCAAUCUCUGUGACUGUACAUGCCUCCCUAGUGGCAUUACACCAACCCUUGAUCAGCUUUGCUCGCCCGGGGAGAGGCUCAUGGCUUGGUAAAAGCAGCUUGGAAACCGGCCCAGAUCCAACUGGGAUGUCGCUUGAAAAUCUGGUGUUUGGGGCUGGCUACUGCAAGCCUGUUGCUUCAGAGGGCAGCUUUUAUGUACCAUCUGAAAACUGUAUGCAGCACGCACACAAGUGGCAUAAAGACCUUUGCUUACUGCUGCUGAAAGCUUACCGAGGACUUCACGUGUACUACAGUGCCAUCAUGAAGGAGAUCCCCAGUUUACCACAGUUGAAAUUAGAGGAUCUUGCUGUGGAAGAGACGCUGUCCCAGCUCUCUGCGGAGCUUCAGAUGCUGAACAAUCCAGAGAAGAUAGCAGAACAGAUCAGCAAAGACCUCACCUGGCUUUGCUCCCACCUUUUGGCUCUCUGGACCCAGUUUCUGGAGGUGGUAACCCUGCAUCCCGAUGUCACAGCCUCUCUUGUCCAAGAGCAUCACACUCUAAGGGUAAGAAGAUUCUCUGAGGCUUUCUUUUAUACUGAACAGCAAAAGCUGGCUGGGCUGACCUUUCAGGAAAGCCUCAUCCAGCAUCACAGCCAGGUUUCUUCAGAAGUCCGGAACUCUGAGUACCUCACCAGUAUGCCACCCCUGCCUGUAGAGUGCCUCGACAUUGAUGGAGACUGGAGCACGCUGCCCAUCAUUUUUGAAGAUAGAUAUAUAGAUUUUCCUUACAAAGUUCAGGGCUUAGACAUUUUAUCAAACUAUGUGGUUCCUGCUGUGGACAAUUCACAAGUGGACUUAACAGAUAAAAAUGAGGGGUCCUCCUCAAAUGAUAUCACUGAACAAGCAAAGGGAGUUUUUGCAAAAGAUAUCCCAUUCAUUAUCCAUACAGACAGGAUAAAUAGGAAAUCAAUAUAUACAUGCAGCUAUCUGGAAGACUCCAGGGUGGCCAAGACUUCCAAGGACUACAGCUCAACUCAGGUAUAUGGAAUGGAUGGAGAUUGCCACACCCGUGAAAAUCAACCACUCCCCAUUAGCAAUGUGACAUCUGGCUUGCAAUCAGAUCUCCUGAAAAAUCCUGCAGAAGGCCUUUGGACACCAGUGGAGUUUUCAGGAAAUGAUAAGCAAGUGACAAAGGAGACAUACUUGAAUGUAAACCCAGCCUGUAAUGGCGUCCAUGAAAAAGAACCAGUGCUAGUCAUGACAGCCCUCUAUGACGGUGAUACUUGUGUACCUCGGAAACAUUUGGAGGGGACAGUACUGAACCGAAUAGCUAAGCAUGACCCUUGUGGAUCUGCUCUCAUUUCAGACAAACUCGCAUUUAAUGAACAAAACAGCCAGGAGAAAGCGGUAGAUCCAGGUGGUGAGGCUGUAUCGUUGGCCUUGAGUACAUUCGAUAUAAAUGUCCAUUUUGACUCGUUGAACCAAAGAGACAAUGUUGAAGAGACCAACUCUUUUCAGAAAGAGCAAAGAUUGCAGGAGUGUGAAGAAUUUAGUUUGACGUCGGGGGCCAUUAAGAGAUCAUCGUCGUUAAUCUCUGACUCAGGAAUCGAAAGUGAGCCCAGUUCAGUCGCUUGGUCCGAUGCGCGGAGCAAGGCCUUAGAGCUGCCCAGCGAUCGGGAGGUCCUCCACCAGCUUGUCAGAAGACACGCUAUCCACAGGAACUCUCUGGAGGGUGGGCACACAGAAAGCAAUACAAGUUUGCCGAGUGGCAUACAAGCCUCCCUCACUUCUAUUAGCUCCUUGCCUUAUGAGGAGGAAGAGAGGGAAGCAGAACCCAACAAGUUGACCAAAUCCAUUUCUGCCCCUCAGAUCAGUAGCCCUGAAGAUUCUGUAGAGGAUAAGGAUAUCUCCAAACAUGCAAAAACCACGUCAGACUUGGACAAUCUGGGAAGUUCAAAUGACCAUUUAGACACACACAAUGUUUGCCUCGAUGAAUAUGGUGAGGAGAAGAAUUUGCACACAAGUCAAAGUCUGUAUUCUGCAGAUGGAGAGUCUUUCUCACACUGUGAGGUUCAGGCGUCAGACUUUUGCUAUGUCAUCCCUUCCUCGUCAGAGGUGAUGCCCAGUGCUGUCUCCCCAGAGGAUUCCUGUGGUAGUCCUGUUACCAGUGGCAACUUGGCAACAGGUGAUUUGGAAAUACCCACCUUUCAGGAAAUUGAACUGGGCCACAGGUCCAGAAGUGAAUCUUACUGUGCCGAACCUGAAAAAGGAGAGCUCAGAAUUCCGGCCAACGGCACAGGGUGUCACUCUUCGGUGGCAGAAGUAUUGGUUCCUGAGAGCAAAAAGGUUGUUGAGGUGGUCAACCUGUCUGUUUCUUGCACGGCUACGUGUCUUCCCUUUUCUUCAGUUCUUAAAGAUACCCCACCAAUGUCUGGCUUUUCCUCCAAGCAGGCCACUUAUCCCAUCACACACCAACCAGUGGGUUCCUUUGGAGUCAUCUCCUGUGAACCUAGAGAUAAAGAUGAAGAAACCAAUGAAAGAAUGCUUAGUUUUUAUCAGGCCAAAGAAAAAUUUAAAAAAGAACUGAAGAUUGAAGGAUUUCUGUACAGUGACUUAUCUGUCCUAGCUUCUGAUGUCCCAUAUUUUCCACCAGAGGAAGAGGAGGAGAAUUUGGAAGAAGGGAUUCACCUGGUUAUCUGCGUACAUGGGCUGGAUGGUAACAGUGCAGAUCUCCGGCUAGUAAAAACAUUCAUCGAAUUGGGUCUUCCUGAUGGAAAGCUGGACUUCUUGAUGUCCGAACGGAACCAGAUGGAUACAUUUGCCGACUUUGAUACGAUGACCGACCGGUUGCUGGAUGAGAUUAUUCAGCACAUUCAGUUGUACAAUCUGUCGAUCUCACGAAUAAGCUUCAUUGGACACUCCCUUGGCAACGUCAUCAUCCGUUCGGUAUUAACCAGGCCCAGAUUUCGCUAUUACCUCAAUAAGCUGCACACUUUCCUGUCACUGUCUGGUCCUCACUUAGGAACCCUUUACAACAACAGUACUCUGGUUAGUACAGGCUUGUGGCUCAUGCAGAAGCUGAAGAAAUCUGGCUCGCUUUUGCAGCUGACUUUUCGGGACAAUGCAGAUCUUCGGAAGUGUUUCCUCUAUCAGCUGAGCCAAAAAACAGGUCUUCAGUAUUUCAAGAACGUCGUUCUGGUAGCCUCGCCCCAGGACCGCUAUGUACCAUUUCAUUCUGCAAGAAUAGAAAUGUGUCGAUCAGCUCUGAAAGACAGGCACACAGGUCCCAUUUAUGCCGAGAUGAUCAACAAUCUCCUCCGGCCUGUCAUCGGAGCGAAGGACUGCACUUUAAUCCGUCACGAUGUGUUUCACGCUUUGCCGAAUACAGCCAACACGUUGAUCGGGCGAGCCGCCCACAUUGCAGUGCUUGAUUCGGAACUGUUUUUGGAGAAGUUUUUCCUUGUGGCAGGACUCAACUAUUUCAAGUAG